AUGGACGCGGAUGCCCCCGUGGCAGCGCAGAUAUCGCAAGCGGACAUCAUCGAGCGCCAAGCGGAGUCCAUUGCACGGCUCAAGCGACAAGUGAAGAAGGCCGUCGAGUACAAGCAGCUGACCAAGUCCAAACUGAAAGAGGCAGCGGCCAGGCUGAAGGAGUAUCGUGAGCAUGUUGAAACGUUGCGCGAAGAGGGUGAAACGCUAAAAAAACGGCUAAAUGACGAAAAAAGCAGUCAUGAAAACAGCAAAAGGUUGCACCAAAACGCGUUGAAACAGGCAGUAAAAGCGGUAAAACAAAAAGUGCAUGCAGCGACGCAGACACAAGAGCUGGAAUACGUGACGCAGGCGAGUCAGACACGAUUGAGUGGACAUGUGGACCAGAUUUGCAAGAGCAGUACAGUGGACAGUGAAGUUCAGACGGACGCCGUGCCGGUCGAUACGUUAACGUCUAGAAAACGCACUCGGGGACACGCAGUUUUUGGCGCGGUACACGAUGAAGUGGAUCAAUUGGUGCCAAGACUUUCGAGACCUUUUCCAGAAAAGGCACAUCACGAUGUCUCUACAACUGAGCCAAUGCUCGCGCUGACGGCUGUGAAUGGUGCAACAAAUUUGACGGAAACAAGUGCAGCACUCGAUGCUGAAUUGGCGCUUAGUGACUCGGAGGACGAUAGCGAUGAGGCUUUAGCCUUUGAGAUUGAAAACCGACAAGAGGAUGCAGCAGCACAAGACUCGGUGUUGGAUUUAUCAGUACUGGACGAGAUUGACAUGGCACUGGAGAUGAUAACCGACGAGGACAGGGAAGGGUGUGGAGCGACUUUGGAGGAGAAACGUAGUACAAAGCCGCUGCUAGGAAGCGUCGAUCCGGCACUGUUGCAUGAAAUUGACAAGGAGUUGGGAUCGAGCAGCGAUGACGACGACAAAGGGUGCGUAAUAGAUCCAGUGACAACAGGCGAGUUGGCAGAAAAUGCAAAUAGCACGCUAAACAGUGGGGUAGCAUGUCUUGCUACUGGAAAGCAAGCACAUGUGUCUGCAGACGUUAAUGCUUUGAUCGCCGACGCUAUCGAUAAGGAAUUGGCAACAAGCAGCGAUGAAGAAGACAGUGUGGAAGAAGAUAGCCUCUUGGCAAGAUCUGAUUUGAGUGCUAAACCUGUCGAGCGACCCAAUGUAAUCUCAAGCAACAUUUAUCAGAACAAAGAAACGCUAAGGUCUAUCGACGAGGAAUUAGAUGAUGAGUUUGCAGCUUUGGACGCGGACUCGGAUAAGGAUAGCCACGAACAGUCCAAAGGCUCUUCUUCUUCUAGUGGUUCAAGCAGCAAUGGCGACUCGAGCGGCAGCAGUAGCAGUGAAUCUGGUGGCGAUGGAGGUGACCCCAUAACUAGCACUGGGCACAACGCUGCUGAAUGUAAAUUUCCUGAUUUAGUGGAAAAGAAAGAGGUGGAAACGAAAGUGCAGCGAGUAAAAUAUGACGGCAAGUUAGAGGCACAUUUAUCUCUUCCAGUCGAUAAAGGUGCAGUGGAUGUAGCAAGACCGGUGGGAACAGAAGGUGCUAGCUUAUUGGAGGACUUGAAUUCGACGACGAUUGUAAUGGAAUUGCCGGCAAGAGCCCUUGAUCCUUUGCAGCUGGGCAGUAGUGUGGAACUCGGUGAAGUCGGGAUAAAACUUGGCAGUUCUGAGGCUUAUCAACCAGGCCUUGAGCAGAAAAAUGACAAAGACUCCAUUCCGUCAAGUGGGGCUAUCACCGACGGCGAGAAAAAUAACAAUGUCUCCAUUCCGUCAAGUGGGGCUAUCACCGACGGUGGGGAUGCUAACGCUGCAGUCGCUGACACUCAGGUUUUUAAAGGUCAGAAUGCGUUGAAGCGACCAACGCCUUUGGCGCCCAACACCAGUACAGAUGGAAUGACAGAACUCGAGGCAGGUUCCAUUUCGAUCUCCGAGCCAAUAUCAGACCUCGUCCCGGUUGAGAUCCUCUCCGCGUCAACAGAUUCCGGUGGACAGGCUGCUGAAACUCAAAUUACCGAUAACGAGCCUCCUAAAGUAUCCUCCGUCAUUGAAUGCAGCGCUAUCCGGAAAGUACGGAAGGUGGAUGAAGCGAAUUUGGAGAGCAUCCAGGGCACCUCGCAAAAGAAAACUAAGCUGGACAAUACUCACCAACAGGCAAAACGGGAAUCAGGAGAAGCACUUGUAUCGUCAACGCAAAUAUUGACGGGUGAUGGGAUGUCAAAAAUAGAGAGCGCUGAUACAGAUGAGGUCAAGGACGAUCAACUGGCGAGAAAGAAAUCUUUGUUGUACCUUGAGCGGGCCGUUCAAUUGGAUGAAGGCAAAGAACCUGACUACGAGUUUACUCGACGAACUAUCUAUAUUUUGGUAAAGCAGUGCUCCGGAUUUGUGAAUACGUGUCCUGAUCAUGUGAUAAGCCUGUGUCUAGUUCUGACCAGGGCAUAUCGUAAGUUGGGGAUCUCUCCAAUGCUCGUGGUGCGUGCAUCCCUCAGUGUCUUUCGAACACCACGGUCUCGUCGUUUAAUGCAGGAACGGAAACUGAGUCUAAGCUGGCUUUGCAAUCAAGUAGUGCUACAGGUUAUGUGCAACAAUGCCGAAGAUCUAAGGCAAGAUGGAUCCAUUGCUCCAGAGUCGUUGAGCUUGUCGCUCAUCAACGAGUGCUUGUUCUAUCUUCGAAAUUUACUGGUCGAGGAGCGAACAAGUGUUGGUCAGUUUCUGUCGGAUAGUAGCGCGCAAGUACGGGUUGCUGCACGGCCGAUCAAAGUAAGCCACGAAAAGGUAUUUCUGGCACAUAUCUGUGCCCUCCACACGCACCUUUGCCGUUCAAGUGGACAACUGGUUGCUUCGCGUGUGCUGCUCUUUGAUCUGGUGCGUGACAACCCAAACAUUAGAGGGUUGUACUUUGCGAUGGUAACAGUAGAGAUCUAUCCUGCGGUUCUGGAGCGUAAGUUCGAUCAACACUGCGUCGAGCGUCAACUGAUACUGAGGGAGACGUUGCAGCAAGCUUUGGUCUAUAUAUCGGGCGUCGCCGCCGCAAAGCAGGAGCUUUUAUUGUAUCAGCCAAGUACGACAAUGCUUCAUACCAUCGCUGAUGCUAUCCAGAUGCCUGAGAUAGAAGAAGUUGAUGGCAGCGAUCCUAAUCUAUCGAGGACCUCUGUGGAAAAUCUGUUUGACAAGGUCUCAGCUCUCUGUGGAGCAUCGCAAUCUCGAUUACCGGACGAUAAAGUGCAAAGCUAUGUGGCAGCUGAUUAUUUCGCACUCGCAAAGAGCAUUGAGCUAUGCGCGGCGGUCUACGGCCUUGACCUCGUCACAGAAAUCUUCAGCGUCGAUCGGUGUCAAGCACUUUUCAACGAAACGUGCGUCAGGAACAAGAUCGGUAUCAUGUCUAUCGUUGGCCAUGUAGCCAUGAGCUUCACUUCGAAGUUGUGCAACACGCAGACUUCAAGUGCUGGAAUACAGCAGUACGUCGAGAAUGUCGUUCAGUGGAUGUACCACGUUUUGUCGACUGACGAAGUAUCUUCACCGGAUGAUCGCUUUGAGUUGAUGCUCGGGUGCGCAGCAGUGUGUAUUGACUUGAUUUUGGGGUACCCAGCGCCCGCUGGUUCAGAAUCUCGACGGCGAGUGUUGUGUGCGGUGGUCCAUUGGUUCGACACAAUACCGCCAGAACAGUCGAUAGGCUUACCAGCUACCUUUUUAAGGCGACUACGCCUUGCAGUGGUCGCUGCCCGGCCGCAUAUAACGGCGAAAUAA